AUGUAUGUGGAAAUGUCGCAUUGCUGUCAAUUAAUUAGGUUAGUUUAUUUUCAUGCCACUAAGAAGCUGAUCAACAACACACCUACUUCUACCUUCAAUGACUUUAAAGUCCAUUCUUCCAAGUCCCAUUACCUAUAAAAGCGUUGUAGCAAAAUAGAUUUCUACAUAAACAAACAACAAAGUUUCCUCUUCUUCUCAAUCAGAAAUCUCUUAUCUUCCCAUCACAAAAUAGUUUAUUUCAUCUUUCAAAUUUGAUUGAUAACAACAUGGCUUAUCAAUGCAUCCCGAACUUUAUAUUUCCAUUUAUGGUUCUUAUAAUUUCAGUAUGUAUAAGCAACAUAAUGGUUUUGGAGGCACGCCACUUGCUAGAGACUACGCCUAGCUUUCCAAAGAUACCUGAGAUUCCAAAGCCUGAACUCCCAAAAAUGCCCGAGCUACCAAAGCUAGAAAUUCCUAACUUUCCCAAAGCACCAAAACCUGAUGUCUCAAAGUUGCCUGAGCUACCAAAACUUGAAAUUCCAAAGGUUCCUGAACUACCAAAACUUGAAAUUCCUAAGUACCCUAUGGUACAAAAGUCUAAACUCCCCGAGAAUCCUGAAGUGCCAAAAUAUGAAGCCCCAAAGUUGCCUCAGGUACUAAAGCCUGAACUUAAGGUUCCUGAAGUGCCGAAACUUGAAGCCCCGAAGUUGCCUGAGAUACCAAAGUCUGAACUCCCUAAGGUUCCUGAAGUGCCAAAACCUGAAUCCCCAAAAUUGCCUGAGGUACCAAAGCCUGAACUUAAGGUUCCUGAAGUGCUGAAACCCGAAGCUCCAAAGUUUCCUGAGGUACCAAAACCUAAUAUUAAGGUUCCUAAAGUGCCAAAACCUGAAGCCCCAAAGUUGCCAGAGGUACCAAAGCCUGAACUGCCUAAGGUUCCCGAAGUUUCAAAACCUGAAGCCCCAAAGUUGCCUGAGGUACCGAAAACUGAACUCCCUAAAGUUCACGAAGUGCCAAAAUUUGAAGCUCCAAAGUUGCCUGAGGUACCAAAGCCUGAACUGCCUAAGGUUCCUGAAGUGCCAAAACCUGAAGCGCCAAAAUUGCCAAAGGUACCGAAACCUCUACUACCAAAGCCUAAUAUUCCUAAGUUGCAUGAACUGAAUCAUGAUGAUGCCUCUAAGGUGCCUGAAUUGCCAAAAAUUGAAGCUCCAAAAAUGCCUGAGCUACCAAAAUUUGAAGUCCCUAAAUUACCUGAAAUUCCCCAUGAAUUUCCUAAGCUUGAAAUUCCAAAAUUACCUGAACUCCCACAUGAGCUUCCUAAGCCCACUUUGCCAACUAUUCCUGACCUUUCUAAGGAUAAAUCUAUUCCUUCCCUCAUUACUCCACCUCACACUAGUAAGCCUUGAGCAUUUAUGAAACGAGCAUUGCAGUGGAAAAUUGAAGUAUUGCUUUGAUCUGUUUGUGAUGUUUCUUUAUGAAUUGUUUCUUUUGUUACCAAUAGGAUCCUGAUAUCCCAGCAUAGUUACAAUUUUUUCUACCAUUCUUGUUGUUACAUGAUAAUUGUUACAAAUUUUUAUCGAUUAUAGCUUAUAUUUUUAUUUUAACAUCCUUUGUAUUGUAUAAUAAAAUUUAUUAUUAUGUUCA